GCGCAUUAUCUCACUUAGAUGUGGAAUCAAAGGAAAAAAAACAGAAGUAGAACAAAAAAAGAAAGAAAACUCACAGAAACAAAGAAGAGAUUAAUGGUUGGGGGAGGAUGAAAGGGGUGAAAGUCAAAAGGUACAAAUUUCUUUUAUAAAAUAGUCAUGGGAAUGUAAUGUACAGCAUGGUGACUUCAGUUAAUAAUACUCUAUUGCACGUUUGAAAGUCAUUGAGAGUACAUCUUAAAACUUCUCAUGACAAGAAAAAAAUACUCUAGGUACGGUGACAGACACUAACUAGACUUGUGAUUAUUUUGCAAUAUAUACAAAUAUGACAUUAUGUUACACACUUGAAGCUAAUAUGUUAUAUGUCAAUUAUACCUCAAAAGGUAAAUAAAUAAGCAAAUAAGUAAGAUCUGGGCAGACUGGUCCUUUAUAUUGGAUAUACAUUAUAGAUGAUUAAACCAUAUGAUAAAAAUUAAAGAUUAAAAAAAAAAGCACUGGAAAUACACACAAAACUGCUUUUUUAUUUUUGAAGAUAAGCAUAAUACUACAGGUAAGGAGUCAAAUGCUUAUUUUUGAUUCCUUAUAAGUUUGGAGAUCUUAAUGUUACUCUAUGAAUGCCAUUCGUUCACACCCAGGAGGUGAAUUGCUCCCAUUUAGCAAAUCAGGUAAAUCUGGAGGAUGCCAAUCUAGCAAACACGGCACCUGACUGCAGAGCCUCUAGAGUUUGCAAACUUGCCUCUAUCUAGAGUGAAACUCGGAGAUAUAUUUUCUCUUUUUAUUACUUUUUGAAAUAGAUUAGUCCUAAGGCUACUUGAACUUGCCUAAAUAGUCACUAGAUCUGACUUGUUCAAUUUAGACUUUAGGCUAGGAUCUACGCUCACUCUUAAAAAACAGGAAAGCAGAUUUCCAGCCUGAGGAAAACGCAUCAACACAUUUAUGUCCCAAUAAACACCUGCUGAUGUGAAGAUGGUUGAGUUAUUCUGGCAGUUUAUCUCCACUGGAAAUAAGCGUUGUCUAAACUUCUAAAAGUGCGCGUGACUGUAAAUACACACGAACGAAUGGAGAAAUUAAAAGGGAACAAGGGGCUCUCCCACGGCUCUACGCACCUGUUUCAGCAAGCUGGGUCAGUAACGCGGAGGCACCGAGACACAGGCGACAGGAGCCAGAGGUACCCGGGCCACCGAGCCUGGGACUGAGGGCGGAGACCGGGAAGGGGCGGGACGGGGCGGCCUCCGCUCCUCCUCGGAGCGGGGAGGGCCCGAGACCGCGACUCACUCCCCUGCAGUCCCCAUCACGCCGCCACGGGACAACCAUGCCGGGCCGCCUGUUGCGGGACCUCCAGCAGCGAUGGCGCCGUUAUAAGUAUCGAUUCGUACCCUGGAUCGCGCUAAACUUAAGCCACAACCCGAGGACCCUCCGAUAUGUUCCAGAUGAAUCCAGAGACAAAAUUAUCUCAGAUGAAGAUGUCCUGGGAAUGUUACUGAAAGUUUUCCAGGCACUCUUUAUAAAUGAUCUCGAUAAACAAUCAGAUAUCUUGACUGUGCUUCCAGAACCUGUCAAAUCAAAAUAUCAAGAUCUACUGUCAGUUCAGCAUCUAAGGGUGAAACACCUUGAAUACAGACAUCAACAGCGAACUACCCUUAAACCAGAAGAAAUUCUUUAUAAGACAUUGGGUUUCAGUGUUGCCCGAGCACCUAGCUCAUUAAUUUCUGCUGGAAAAGGUGUAUUCGUUACAAAAGGAUUGGUACCAAAAGAUGCGGUUGUAUCUAUGUAUCCUGGUACAGUAUAUCAGAAAUAUGAGCCAGUCUUUUUCCAGUCCAUUGGAAAUCCAUUUAUUUUUAGAUGCCUGGAUGGGGUACUCAUUGAUGGAAAUGACAAAGGAAUAUCAAAAGUUGUGUAUAGAUCUUGCAAUGGGAGGGAUCGACUUGGCCCUUUAAAAAUGAGUGAUAGUACAUGGCUAACAUCAGAAAUUCAUAAUCCACUGGCUGUAGGACAGUAUGUCAACAAUUGUUCAAAUGACAAGGCAGCUAAUGUCUGUUAUCAGGAAUUUGAUGUGCCUGCAGUUUUCCCUAUAGAACUGAAGCAGUAUCUUCCAAAUAUUGCCUACAGCUAUGACAAACAAAGUCCACUCCGAUGUGUUGUUCUUGUUGCACUCAGGGACAUCAAACAAGGAGAAGAACUUUUUUCAAAUUAUUAUACAAUUGUCAGCUGACUCUAUAAACUAGAAAUUAGGUUUUCUACUAAGCUAGUUAAUUCCAAAUAUUUUUUGUUGUUUCUCUGAGUUCUACCAGAUAGUUAUGUCUCAAUUCUAUCUAUAAAAGCUGUUUUCUUCAUUACAAUUUCACGUUUGUAAUGCAAUUCUAGUGUUAGUUUUCACCUAAGUACACAGGAGCUUACUAAAUUAAAACCCACUGUCUGAAUUUAUAAUUUAAAUUUUUCUUUUGUUUAUUUUAUCUCUGUGGUGGCUUACCAUAUUUUAGCCAAGUCAUCAGCAAAUCCUGUACUGCUGAUGUGUAUAAAGUUAAUUAAAACUUUAUUUUUACAAAAUAAAGCCAAAAACAUUUGUUGUGUUGUCAUGA